AUCGCCGGAGUGGAGCUUCCUGCAAGAACACUUCGACCAGGCGGUUCUCGUUUCGUUUUCGUUGGUUUGGAAUUUUUGGUGUUGCGAUUGCACUGUACGAGUGUGGGAGUUCAUACGAGGCUGUUGGACAAAACCUUGCUCUACAGGGUGUUUGUGGACAAGUAUUGCUGGAGGAGAUACCCUGACGACCUGACAAGUUUGACUGUACGUGGGAGACCCUAGGGCCUGGCGGGGUGACCGUAACGUCAUCCAU